AUGGUCGGCAUCACCCUCGACCAUGACGCGUAUCCGCACAUCUUUGACGCCAUCAUCGCAUACGCUGCACCCCCAGACCUUCUCCCCCUCCGCCUGACCUGCAAGAGCGUCUGCGACCGCGUCGACGGCAUCCUGGCACACCACGUCGUCAUCCGGUGUCGUCUCAGCUGGGAAAAGCCUGAUUUUCUCACCAUUAGAGGGCCCGACGAUGCGCCUGUUCCCGGCUUCCGUAUGCGUCCGUACCCCAACAAAGUCGAGGAGGGCUUGCAGGCUUCCGAGUGGGCAGCCAACGAAGCGCGACUACGCCAGAUCCUGUCCAAUGCCCGUGUCGUAGACUUUUGGGGCCGAUUCGAUGCCUGGCCAGAGACGCUCCUCUCUGCACUGUCAAAUGUGGAGACUGUGCGGCUCCGCCGGUUUGCAGUGGCCUCAUCGACCAAAUGUGUGCUCCGGCCCAAGAACUGCAUCUUGUUUGCGGAACCCGAGGACCUUGACAUCCACAAACUGCCCUUUGACGGCAACCUAGACUACAUGAAGUUUGUCGUCAACAUCCCUCUGGGUAUCGAUGAUGCAGACUCCUACGUGGCGUCCUUGUCCUAUAUCAACACCGCGCUACCCGAGAAACGGCCCAAGCUUGUCGUCGUCUUCAGCAACGUGGAUCCAGGCGCCAAGACCGCGACCGAGUCACCACCGUCGCAAGCCGAGCCCCCUGAGAUGAGCGAAGUCGUUGAAGGCAUCCUGAUAGAGCUCGGUACCGAACUCCUCGAACGACCAGUGACCAUCGUGGGCCUCGCCCAGCUCGACCCUUCCCUCCUCGGUUUUACAUCGGAGCCGAGCGUAACAGAGCUCUCUGCGAAGAUGAUGGACCGGAUCGAGUACUGGCAAAUGGAGGAGGAGCAGUCAACCUGGACCGAGGAGCAGUUCCAGCUCGCGGCUGCCAACGUCACCUUCCUCACUGAGGACGAAUAUACCGCCCAGUUGGAUCACGAGCAGUGGCUCCUCGAGACUGUGCAAUGA